GCACGAUAUAAAAGCCUUCAAGCAGCUCAGUGAGCUGCACCGCAAUUUCCACCCCUUCAGCCCAAUCAGACACGAUGGCUCCUCUAACCCGCCCCAGGGCCAAAAAAGCUCUGCUCGUGGGCAUUCGUUACUCUACGCUCCCGAAAAAGCACGUGCUGGAGAGUACUUACUGCGACGUGGACCGGCUCAAGAAAUUCCUGACAGAUAACGUCGGCUUUCGGUCUGACAACAUCAUAGAGCUUAAAGACAAUAUCGACCCGGAGCAUGACCAAUAUCCCACCAGAAAGAACCUGGUGAAGGCCCUGGAGGAACUAGUCUCGGAAGCGCAGGCUGGUGACCACCUGGUCUUCCACUCCAUCUGGCCCGCAGACGUCGUAUUCGCAGGCAAAGACGAAGAAAUAAACGUCAUUCUCGACGACGACAUCAAGAGAAUACUCGUCGACAAGGUCCCAGAUGGCGCCCAUCUCGUUAUUAUCCUGGACUGCUGUCACUCGGGUACUGGUGCCGACCUUCGGUACAGCUAUACAGAUCACCUUGAAGAAAAGGACUGCACACAGGCUUCGAACACCUCUCCGGCUUCCCAAGUUGCUGAGCCUAAGCGGAAGCUCACCCUCCCAGGGCUCACGGGUGACAAACCGUCGAAGGAUGCGCUCUCCCCUACAAUAAGCAGCCCCUUAGUAACCAGUCCUGGCGGCGGUCCGGUUGUUAUCUCUUGGGCGGCCUGUCCGGAUCCAAAGACAACGUUAGGAUUCUUAAACUCGAGUAGCUCCUCAAACUCGGACAACUCUUCAAACUCGGAUGACUCCUCAGGCUCGGGUGGCUCUUUCAUCAAGGCAUGCUUUUCUAGAUGCUUUCCCAAGCCAGGAGAGAAGAAGGACGCCACACACGAGGAGCUUCUGCAUCGCAUUAAAGUGAAAAUGAUCGCGUCCGCUGAAGAUCAUUUUACGCAACACAGGCAUUUGUUCAGCGAACAGCAGUGGCGGGAUCUUCAAAAAUGGUGGAAGGAAGAUGGCUGCCAGCCCAUGCUGGGGGUUCUCCAUGACUAUCACGGUGUACUCCGUACCCCAGUCGCCGAAACUUUCGGAGUUGAUGCGAGCUCAUAACCAAUUCCCUCCGCUUUUCUGUCUUUUCUGGGGAUGGAGUUUGAAGCGCAAGCGACGGCCUGCCCGUUGCUGUUGCCAUUCUCGAAAGCCCAAAGCGUUGAAUAUAUUGGCGUUCCUUGCGCCACUUGAACUGCGUCCACUGAUUCUUGGGCGGCUUGACUUUGUCAUGAGACACCAGCGUCGGCCUGCCUCGAACCAUCAUCAUCCUUGUCUGCUUUGGCACGCUCGCGACUGCGUCCUUGACGUGCUUGAAGUAC